UAGAUAACGUCAUCAUUCUUAUUAGAAAAGGUGUGAAACGUGAAAAUCUAUCGAACCGAGUAUUGCAGUUCGAACAUAACAAAGUGAAUUAAGUGUUUUCUUCACAUAAAGAAUGACCGACGCAACAGCUAAAGUUUACCCCAGACCCCAACUGAAGGGGUUGCUGAAAAGGCAGAUAGGAAGAAAUUUAAUUGGACUUGCAAUUUUCACGACAACCACUGUGGUUGCUAUGAAAAUUUUCUAUAACGAUAAAAAUAAACGUGAUUAUGCCGAAUUUCACAAAAACUACGAUAUCGAUAAGGAAUUCGAGAGGAUGAGGAAAAAGGGUUUGUUCGACUCUUGCAGUGACGAAGAUUGAAAU